UUUGGCUCUCUAGAGCGAGUCAAUUUCAGGUGAAAACAUUGAAACAAAGGGAGGAAACACCACCACCUGCUGGCUGCUGUGAUUCAUUGCGACACUGCAGUCAAAUAGCGGGUGAAUCAAAUAUGUGGUUUCUGUGUAGUGUUUUUUAGAAACUUUUGUUUCCACAAAGCAGUAAAUCUGUUCUAGUGUCGUUGUUUAGUCACAGCUGAUGGUAAUUUUUGUAUUGUGCACUUUAAGUGGGUAUCAUUAAGGUGAAAUUCAUACUCGAGUUAUGCACACGCAGCAUUCAUGGUUUAAGCCAAUUUAUUUUACUUUCUCUUUUUUUUUCCUGAGUAGACAUGUAUCAGUGUGGGUCCUGAGGGAUGUGCGCUUGUAUACAGUUCUCUGGUCAUGUAAUCUCAGAGCUCGCCUGAAUGAUAGCAGCUGUGAGACAAAAAGCAGAAAGAGAAUCAGAGCAGUGUUAACGACUCGUUUUCAGAAUCUCAGAUAAGAUCAGUAUCGCUAUGCACUUCUGUUUACAGGAUCAGAGCUGUCUCAACUCCACUCCACUGUGUGUGCAGGUGGAUUUCUUAUUAGUGUUGGUAAUUAUGUGAAGGAAAAUACUGCUGUAUAGAGAAAAUGGACCACCCUGAGAAAAUGCAGUGUAAAGGGUAAAGCCUUUUUACUCUUCUCUUAAUUGUGGGUCGAUGUAACAGAAGUAACACUAACCAGCUUGCUUUUAAAAUGUCUCCUGUCAGAAAGACAGUUGACUGAGGUGAAGAGAGACAGGGGUAGGAAGUGUUUGUGUGUGUGUGUGCACAGAGAUUCCAUGCAAACUCACGAUUUCAUAAUUAAUUAGGAGAGUGGGUAGAGUCUGGCCCAUGAGGUAUUCAGGGCAAAGGAAAAAUAAUUGUAUUUUUAGGUAUUUUAAACAAUAUCACGUGUGAAAUUUUGUAUGUUUUGAUGUUUUUUGUGUGGAUGAGCAAAUCAAUAAACUUUUUUAAAAAAAUUGGAAAUGAGUUAUUACUGUGAGUGAAAUAUAUAAAUUCUGAUCAAAUAAUAAUUUAGGCUGUGUGCACAAUGAUGGGGCUGACUAGAUAUUACUUCUUUUUUUUCACUAUAAAAGCCUACUCUGGGGGGGGUGGUGCAUCACUAUAUGGGGUAAGUUGUCACAUUAAAAUGUUGCAAUAAACCUUUCAGCUAAACUUUAUUAAUACCGCAAUUAUGAAACAAAAUUAUGAAAAUAUAAAGGCGAUUUACUUGUAUCAAUAUUUACUUCCUUAUAUGAAUUGCAUCUGCUUAUAUUCUCAGUUGCAAGUUGCUUUGAUUAAAGCAUCUGAAUAACUGUAAACUUUGAAUAUUUACAAUGUUUGACAACUGUUCAGUCUUUGGGUUACCUUCAGAUGGAUAAAUGAGUAUAUUUUGAAAAACAAAAUCACUGUUUACAUUUUAUUUGGACGUUUGACUGAAAACUUAAAAGGUGCUAACAAAUAACCCUUGUAACAAUUAGCCCCGGUCUCUCAAAUCUAGUAGUCAAGAAAGGAAAAUUAUACUACAGUUAGAUUAAUCACUUAUCAUUUAUAUUACGGUAAUAGAUAGCCUACUGUAACUUCACCACUAGGUGGCUAUAAACUUGCAGAUCCCGUUUUACCUGUAUUUCGACCAGUGUUGCCAACUAAUUUUCAGGGGAAGUUGCUAAAGGAAGAUUGAUUUGUUGCUAAAAGUUGCUAAAUGACGUUGUGAUGUCAUUGCGCGAUGACAUCAUUGUGUAAUUACGACGCAAAAAUGUGUCACUACAGCAAAUCUCAGCAAAAAAAAAAAGAAGUUAUAUGUUAAUUUAGAUUUGUUUGUAAAACACUAUAAAUGCCUAAUAUAAUAUUAAAAUAUAAAUAACUGUAUUUUUAAAUACAACACUCAAUUAUUGAACACUAACACAGUUUUGAGCCAUUCAAUUUUUUUUUUUUUUUUAUUAGCUAGUGAACUUAUAAAACUACACAUUCUGAACAGUUAUAGUUUUAAGCAGUGUAUUAGUAGUUAGUAAGUGUGCUACAAUCUAAGAAAAGUCUGUAAAAAUAGGGCACAAUCUACUAUGUUAAUAUUAAGGAUUUUUUUUUUUAACCUGCAUUUUAAAUUGCCCAUUGUAUUUUGUGUUUCCGGGUUACAGGGUAACAACGGGUAACAAUGGAUAACACAUAAUGUCCUGAAAAAUUACUAGUACCUUUUCCAUUUUUCUAGAUAUUUUUCUUACAGUGUACUAACUGAUCAACAAUCGCAGGCACAAGAUAAGGUGUAUCACAAAUGAACAAUUAUCAAAUUGAACAAUUGCAAAUAGCAGCUAACUUAAUUCAUGUGAUAUGUGUACUGCUAUGCAUCUUUGGUUUACUCAUUUUGUGUAAUUUAGAUGGAAAUUGUGUGCCUUUUUAUUGUUUAAGUCAUUUAUCAAAAAAUUGCCAAAUAAAUGUUAAAAAUAGCUAAAUUUGUUGCUAGAUGCUUUUGGAAGAAAAAGUUGCUAGGGUAGUGUGAAAAGUUGCUAAGUUGGCAACACUGAUUUCGACACAAUACGAUUUUGCAAAUAAAGCGUUUUAACUAUAAGUAUGUAAAAUAUCCAUUGAAACAAUAAUAACGCUAUUGUAAAAUACAAAACUAUAAAUCGUGUAGGGCUAUAUAAAAAACAAAAUAAAUAUAAAACAUUAAAAUCGCAGGGGCAGACAAAUCCUCGUCAGCUGCCUCGAGGUCGUCUCCAUGGGAACCAAUUUGAAAAACACUACAAAUAACUCAGACAGAAAGGAAGAAUUAUUGCGUGAGCUGAGUUGUAAUUGGAAAACUCUUUAAACGGCUUGUGGUCAGAAAGGAAAAUAAACGUUUUUGUAUUGAUUUAAGCACAUUUUGAAGGCUGAAACAGCUGCGAGUAAAUUUAUCUGGGAUGUCGGCCACCAUCAACCCACUAGCAAAUCCUAAAGGAGUGAAGAAGCUGUGCGAACUUUGCCAGAAACCUGCAAAACUUCAAUGCACAAAAUGCUUGGUCACAUUUUACUGUAACUCUGACCACCAGCAGACUGACUGGACCAGUGUUCAUGAUAAAAUCUGUCCGUUGCUGGUAUCUAUCCACGCACCUGCACCAUUCAGCACACUGCAGUCUGACCGAGAGCACCACCACAAAGAAACACUGAAGAAACAGAAACAUCUAGUAGAAAUUGCUCAUUUAGAGGCACAGAGGUGGGUGUCCAAGAAGAGGUUCCAGGAUGUGUUACCGGCCGCUCUCCUAUUCCUGCGCUGGGCCAUGCGGGUGUAUGGAUCCUGUGCUGUUGAACUGGUACCAGCUUAUCUACUGCUCGCACAGGCUAAUAUAGGUUUGGGUUCUUUCUCCCAGGCACAUGAGUAUCUGUCUAAGGCCGAGUGGACAGUAAUGAAAACACCAGGCUGCAGUCACACUGUCCUUCAUCAGUUACACAGAACCCUGGGCCGCCUGCAUGCUGCCACGGGAAAAUACGCAUCUGCUCUCACUCAAUUUGCAAAUGACGUGUACUAUGCCAGUGAGAUGUUUGGUUUGGACAGUACUGUGAUGUCUGGAGGAUAUUUCCUUAUGGCUGAUGUGUUUCUGAAGCAAAACAAGCCUGACAUUGCCCAAUCGCUCUACACAGAGGUGGCAAAUUCAUGGCACACUCACUUGUGUAAGCUGAUGGAUGGUAUCAGUCAGAGCAGCACUCAACCAGAGGAGUGUUUUGAUGAGGCCCAGUGUGUGGAGGCUGAUCAGAUGUUGAGAUGUAUCUUAGAGUUUGAGGAACAGUGUGUGAAGCCUCGCCCUGCCCAGUCAGCCAUGUUGGCUCAUUCUCUGGCUAUGCUGUGGUUACUGUGCAACAACUACACAAAGGCUUUGGAGUAUGGGAAGAAGGCUGAGGUGUUGAUCCAGGGGUUAAGUGAGCAAAACACACUGAGAGAGUCAAUCCAUAAUCUACUACAACAUGCUGAAAAAUACUUGGAAUGAGACUGGCCACUAACCUACACAGCAAAAACAAAAAAAUCAAAAAGGACCACAACAUACAGCACAACAACAGUGUCUUUACAUCUUUAUCGAUGGAUAUUGGGAGAUACUGAUGUAUAAUUAAAGGGAUCCCCGGGUAUUAAGACAUGUAUAGCUUAAUAUAAAAUAAAUGAUGUCUCUUAUUUAAAUAUGAAAAUGUAUAUUAUGUAAAAAAAAAAAUCGACAUCGUUUUUGGACUAUGGGGGGGCGCCAUUAUUUUAUGUGCACAGUACAUUCUGUGUCGAUGAUGUCAAAUUGUUGCACUCAGUGAGCUACUGGCGCUUUUUACCGCAACACAACUCAGAAAGUAAAAUACUGAUACAAUACCACAUUGUGUGGCUUUUGGUUGCAAUUUUCAGUCGAAGGGCAACAAGAGAAGCGAUGUAAGACUUCACUGCUUUCCUAGCGAUAAGAAGAGGAGAAAAGAAUGGGAAGAUGCCUGUGGACGAAUAAAACUUCCUAAAGACCCGCUUCUUUUUUCUCUCCGCUUUAGCCCUGAUGCCUUUGAGUCUUUUAGUAGACCACAGCUACUGAAAGAGCUUACAAACGGCUGAGACAAGAAACGCUAGAUGCCAUUUGUUGGGAUGUAAACAUGCCGACGCUAGAGGAGUUUCUCAGCGCAGAUUUCCCUCGAGAUCCGGGGCGUUUACACUCCUUGUGGGGAAAAAUCCAUGGUACAGCAUUUGGUUUAAACCUAUACUUAUAUCCAUCACCACCUGUAAGCUCUUUCAGUAGCUGUGGUCAUCAUAUCAGUAUUUUAUUUUCAGAGUUGUGUUGUGGUAAAAAAAAUAGCUCACCAAGUGCAACAAUUUUACAUCAGAAUAAUGGUGCAAAACAUGUAUAAAACGAUGUGAUAUUUUAAAAUAAAUCUUUAAUGGGUUUUCUACAACAUAUUUCAGAAAGAGACAUCAUUUUUGUUAUAUUAAUCCAUUCAAGUCGUAAUACCCAGGGAUCCCUUUAAGGUGAGGCCACAUUUGCGAAAUUUUGUGGGCAAAAAAGGUCCAUUGUCCAGCUCAAUAGUGAUGUUUGAAGCAAAGCUCACACUCAAAUGAACUUUAAAACCAAGCAGCUUUCUGUUAGUCAAUGCAGUGAAUUUAUGACCAACUCCACAAUCUGCAUGGGGAAAUCUUUUGCCAAACGAGUGGAUUUCUAUUAAAAUGACUGGAUUCAGCCUGUGAAAAUUUGCAGAACAACAGUAAAUGUGACCACACUUUUUAGUGAGGCAGACUACAGCAAAAAAUCAGUGAAAAAGGCCUGUCAACUGUGAUGUGAGAUAAAUAGACAAGCUGACACAGUUUCACGUUCUGGACAUUUUUAAAAUGUCUUUAUUGGUAUUAUUGGUAUUAUUACGUAAUAACACAUAACAUCAAUGUUAGCGUUCUAUCACUAGUAAUUUCUUGUUUUAAAUUAUACAACAUUGCUUGGUUUUUGGCAUUUAGGUUCCCACUUUAAAAAAAAAAAAAAAAAAGAGGCAAUGAAAUGAACACAUGGAGUCUCAAAACAUUUCCCUUUUCCAUACCAGAGAGCUAAGUGUUCAUUAGCAGCAACUGUUGUUUUUAGUCAUUUUUAGUUAUGUGACGCCAAGUUAAUUGCCAACUCGGAGGGAUAUAGUGGUACCUUAAUCAGAUUGAGCAUUACUUCAUAUUGACAAGUGGCAGAUCUGAUGAUGCAAUUGUAGCUCUCAGUUCAGAAGCGAGUUUUUGAACUGCUGUCAUGGGAGUUUGAUCUCUCCAUUCUGAAUUUGCAUUUUAUUAAGUGUUACGAUUUGGAGUCACACAGGUUUGAUACUUAACAUAAGGGGAGAAAAGACUUCCUGUUGUAUCCUAGGAAGUGGAGGCAGAGCUUGUAAGAGUUUGACAACCAUAUGGUGCGUUAUCGCAAACACCGAAAAGUGUCAAGAGUUUACAGGGACACUUGUUCUUGUGUGGGAAGAGGUGGAGGGUGCAAGUCUCUGGUUGCAUGGAAUGAUGGAACACAUCACACACAAGACGGCAAAUCACAACGCUUGAGAGGGGGCGGUGAGAAGAGUGCGUGUGCGUCUCAGGUGGUCAACGGCUGUUCAGUCAAACUCAUACCAAAACCCUUCGUCACACUUCAAUCUUUCCCAAGCAAGAUUAAAUCGCAUAUAAACCAGUUUUUCCUUUUUCUCAAAAGAAAUUAUAAAUUAGGAAAACAAAAGACAACAGAACACUAAAUAUUAUAAAACAAACAAGAAAAGAGUGCAUGUAACCAUCAGGUCUCACAGCAUCUGUUUCUUAAUAUUUUAUAACGCUUUGUCCUUUUGUUUAUUGAUACACAUAGGCAGGCCUGUCUAGCAUGAAUGUGUCACAUGUUUCCAAGGAGAGGAAUUUGAUCAAGGCUGCUUCCCUGAGUUGACUCUAAAUUUCAAAUCUAUAUUGCAUCUUAAUGUAAACGACUUUUCAUCUAAAGUCCAGACUCACAUUUAAUUGAUCUAAACUCUAUGACGUCUAACAUUGUAAACCAUUCUGAGCUGGUUUGGAUUGUGAGCUUGGUCCACUUUAGGUUUGCUGUAUGGAAUCUUUAAGACUCAAUGUGAAUUUCAUUACAUUCAAAUGUGCUGAAAUUAAGAAUUUGUGGAUUUUGAGACACGUCCAGAUAGAAAAAAGGACGUGAAGAGAGUUGCUUAAGUUUAAAUAGAAGAAUUAGACUCGUGAGAAAUGUGUGGUGUACAGAUAUAACUCCGAGUACAACAAAUACAUGUAAAUUUAGCGCAAAUCAAUACAAUUCCUGUUUUUCUUUCAGGUUAUCAUUGGCUUUUAGACCACUGGGCUGAAUUAAGAGCAGUUGUAGCACCCAUUUGAGUUGACACUUCAGUUUUAUUGUUGCAGUACAAACAAAUCGUUGAAGACAAAUAGCUUAUUCAUCGUCAGCGCUUAGUGUUGGCAAAUCGUUCAGCCCUUGUGGUAAAAACAUUAGUAGUUAAAAGUCUACUUGCUCUAUUUCUAUGCAACUCACUGUUCAGUCUCUAAUAUGUGGGAAAUUGCUUUUGGGGUGGCAGACAUGCAGAUCGGCAUGUGGUCAUUAGCAGAUUUGCGUAGUAGACAUUGGAAAAAGAAGCUCAGCAAGUUUUUCCGUUCACAAUAACUUCCAUACUAUUGAUCCGUAAACAGAGCGCUUUAACCAGUUCAAAAUGGUGGAUUUCUAAAAUGGCCGCCUCAUUCACAGAAUUACCAGACAGAAGAUGCCUGUGAGAAUCAAGUUCCUAUGGGCCGAAUCCUCACUUACACAUUAAGGAAGGUAAUUCAAAACGGGUCCCACAUCAGUCAUUCAAUUUUACCGACACCGGCAAAGCAAAUGAAACCUUUACGCUUGUCUGAUCAGCAGUAAUUCAUUUACUACAGGCAGCCACUGCAACAGACUAAAAGAACUCAUACUCAUUCAUGCUUUUUAAAAGAGUUGGGAUGGAUGAGAAUAUUCACAGCUUUCCAGUUUUUGUUCUUGCUGUCCCUCUAGGUGUCUGUCUGUGUGGGCUUUUUGAGGGCAGGGAGGUAUGUGCCUUUGUAUCCCGGUGGGCAGUUGAAAUUUGGGUCCAUUCCUUUUCCUCUUUCUCGCCUCACGCAUGCAAUGCAUUAUACCUUCAGCCAGACUUUACCACAAGGUUUGUAACAGACAAAAUUCAUUCGUUCUCUCUAUAAUACAGACUUUAGUAUGUCCUUAAGUGUAUGUCAGUAUGUGUGUACCCUAACCCACAGUAUGUACAUCAGAAUCCAGUUGAUGGUAGCUGAAAGGUUACAUUUGGGAAUCAUGUCCCGGUAAAACCACUCUACAGUGCAUGCACCCUCAAAUUACAGUGGCAAACGCAUAUUCAGCUGGUGCACUACAGCCAGGCUGGCGCGUACACUAUCUAGUGCACUGCCAACUGCACU